AUGGCUGAGAAGGACAUCAUUUGCACUGUCUCUUCGGGGUACAAAGCGGUGUUUUUGAAGAUUAACUCCUCAACCACCAUCCUGGAUCUUAAAUUUGAUGUGGCAGAGAGGUUAGGUAUUCCAUAUGAGUCAUUAAUUCUGUCAUACGAAGAUGAAACAGCUGGAAGCUUGAAAUUACCUAUUGAGAACAAGGGGGACAUGAUGUCUAUGGUGGAGCAUUGCCACAAUCUUGGACUGAAAGAGGUUCACAUGAAAGCUUUUAAAGAAGCUGAUGAUUUGCAGAAUAUACACUGCAAUGAGCGAGUCCAACCUUGCAAAGAGCAAGUCCCACAAGACAUCGCUUCCAGAAGUCUAAACUCGAAAAGUAUAGACUGUGGCCCGCCGGAGUUGUCGUCCACAACUGUUGCAGAUAAGAAUCCCAAUGACAUUCCUUCAAGAGAUAAUGUUAUGAUGAUUGAUGACAUGAUUAGCAGAUCUGAGAGGAUUCCUGCUUGGUGGCACACUGCGUUAACUGGGGAGGGGCAACGUUUUGAAAGUGUGAAGGAGUUAAGAUUGGCCUUGCUAUACUACUCCAUGGCCAAAAAAUUCGAAUAUGAGUUUGUGAAGAAUGAACCAAAGCGUCAAUCUAGAGCCUCUCGUCAUUUCAUUGCUACCCAAUUACAACCCACGUUGAAGGUACGUCCGGAUAUACGACCUAUUGACGUUCAGAAGGAGUUUCUAAGUUCAUAUGGGAUUAGGGUUGAAUAUAGUAAGAUUUGGUGGGGUAAAGAAAGAGCUCAAGAGCGAUUAUAUGGUGAUGCUUAUGAGUCCUACGAUCAAUUGAGAUGGUAUGUAGACGAGGUUAAGAAGACAAAUCCGGGAAGCUACAUUCAUGUUGAACAAGACGAGGGUAGACCACUUAUAUUUUUGGAUGGAACCUUUCUGAAAGAUCGAUUCAAAGGUAUACUAUUAAGCACCGUAGCAUAUGAUGGCAAUCAGGGGAUAUUUCCAUUGGCCUAUUGUAUCUGCGAUCAAGAAAAUAAUGUUAACUGGAAGUGGUUCCUACAAGGUCUGUGGUCCAUUCUCUAUGAAAGGGCAGAUCCAUACAACCCUCCACAUAAGCUAGUGAUAAUUUCAGAUGCGGAUAAAGGGAUCAGAGAAGCAGUUAGAGAAUUUUUUCCCGAUUCUAUACACUCUCGCUGUGUGCUGCAUCUGGUCGAGAACUUCAGAACAAAGUUGAAGGAUUUGGGAUUCAAGUCAAAGGAUUCUCAGAUCUUGGGUAAUCUACUGCAAUCUGCCUGUUACAAAUAUACUAGAGCAGAAUGGAAUGAUUAUAUGGACGACAUCAGACUAAUUGACGAGCGUGCAUACAAUAUUGUGAUGAACUAUGCUCCAGAAAACUGGGCCAAUGCGUUUUUUCCUGGAGUUAGAUAUGGUCACGUUACAUCAAAUGUUGCAGAGUCAUUCAACAAAUGGAUUCAUGAGGCAAGGCUUCUACGGAUACUCCAACUGAUAGAGCAUAUUCGUAAACAGAUCAUGGUGCGCAUGAAUGAGCGACGAGUCAUGGCUGAAAGUUGGAAUCAAGUUCUUUGCCCCAAAGCUGAAAUUGCCCUCAAGGAGAACAUGGACAAUGGACGCCCGUUGGAGGUUCGUCAGUCCCACACAGGCUUAUUUGAAGUACAAUCCCAUAGAUCUUGUCAAGUGGAUCUAGACAAUAAAACAUGCACUUGCCGUGGGUGGGAUGUAACCCGUGUCCCUUGCAAACAUGCAUGCGCAAGCAUUAUGUUUAUGAAAAGGGAUGUCUACCAAUUCUAUGACUGGUUUAUGACGGCUGACGCCUUUAAAAGGAGCUACGAGCCUAUCAUCUACCCUAUACCUGACUACGAGAAACGCAGCGUGCCAAGGGAUGAGAUACAGAUCCUACCUCCAAUUACAACAAAAAGGAAAGGGAGAAAUAAGACCAGGCGAAUCAACAACAGAACUGUUUACACCCGGCCAGUUAAAUGUUCUCGGUGUCAUCUGGAAGGGCAUAAUCGUAAAACCUGUAAUGAAACCAUCGCUGACUAA